AUGAUGAACACGCAGAAGCUACUCUCGCGUUGUGGAGUUCAUCUCCUCCGUCCAUUGAUCAUAACAACAAAAGCAACAGGAACAACAACAAGAACUGUUGCAUUAAAUGUGCAGCGGCGCAAUGCGGUUUCCACGCGGUGUUUAUUGCAUGGACAGCGUGGUGGUCAUUAUCGUCCAUUUACCGCAGAAGACGAGGCACAACUCGUGGCGGUGCUUACAACGAAGCCGCGGCACGUUGCUCGACAUGUGCGUCAAUCUAUGUUGAGAUCACGUCGAAAAAUCACACAAUUUCGUAAUAGUGUAACGUUUUUAAUGAUUACUUUACAAUCUAAAUUACAGAAAGGUGAAAUAGCCCCAGAAGAUGCAUCUGCCCUCACAGAAAGUCUUAUGAAGGAGUGUGUAGAAUUACGUCAAGGUGAUAUGGCACAUCUCUUGUUUCGUGCUUCUAUUCGUUUUCGUAAAUAUGGGAUGAAAAUGGGAUUUCAGUUAUUUAAACAUCUCUUUGAUUCUUAUCGCUCAGAUAAUGCGAAGGAUCUUAUGAAAAAUAUGGCAGAUGAAUUACGUAGUGAAGAUUCUUUAAAAAUGUUAGCAGUACUCGCAUAUCAAUUUUCAGGUCAAUUUUCAUUAGCUCAUGAUCUUUUACAAGAAAUUCCUAAAGAAGAACUUACUACAGCUGAUUAUUCUGCACUUAUAGAAGUUUAUGGUAUGACAUCUAAAUAUAAUGAAAUUUUCGCUCUUGUAGAACGUUUGGUUUCUGAAUAUAAAAUUUCUCGUGAUCGCAUUGAUCUUAAUGCUAUUUUUUCAAGUGGUAUUGUAGGUAUCCGUGGUGAACCAGAGAUGAUGGAGCAAGUGAAAGAGAUGGCAUUAGAAUAUAAAGUUAUAUUGAGUGAACAGGCUAUUGGAGCUAUUAUGCGAGCUCGUUUAAAUGGAGUCCGUUCGGUAGCGGAUGUGUAUGAUGUAGAAGCCACACUUCAAAAAGAACUUAAAUUAAGUGAUCUCGGAAUGGCUGCAGAAACGGCUCUUAUUUCAAAGUGUAGUGAAAUUCUUGCAAGGAGUCAAAAAUCAGGAGAUGAAGUUAUGCUACAAAAAUUACAACAUUUGGAAACUAUUGUAGAAGAGUGUGUGGAAAAUGAUACCGUGGAAGAUUUAGAUACUUUAUAUCUUAUAUCUUUAAUUAAAGGUUAUGGUGUUUUGGGUCGUUUUGAAGAUAUGAAAAGAUGUUUUAAUCGUCUAAAAGAUUCUGGAUCUAUACAUGAUCAUCGUCUCUAUGAUGAAAUGUUGCGUUGGUAUUCACAUUCGUAUAAUCUUAAAGAGGUUAUUGCUUUAAAAGAAGAGAUGCAAGAAAAACAAGUUUUUCAUACAGCUCAAACCUAUCAACAUGUUUUUCGUGUUCUUGACAAGUAUUAUCCACGUAUGGUUGAAAAAUAUAUGAAUGAAAUGCGUGGUAAAGGAAUUCAAAUUGAAUCCUUUAUGUAUCCAACCCUUUUACGUGUAUUUGGAGAAUUACAAGAUUUUACUAUGGUGGAACAACUCUAUCGAGAGAUGAAAAAUAAAUCCGCCUCUGGAAAUAAUGUUGUAUUUUCUCCAGCUGCAGUUGUUCAACUUCUUAAAUCAUUUCAACAUGAUACCAAUCGUUGUGAAGCUAUUAUACGAGAUGCUGAAAAUCAUGGUUUAUUAGCAAAUGAAUCUGUACAAGCAGAAAUUGUACAAUAUUUCUCUAUGAAUGAUCGCUAUGAAGAUUUAAAUGCCUUAGUUUCCCGUAUUCCAUAUAAAUCUCCAAAUAUUUACCGUGUGCUUCUUCGUGAUGCCGCUAAACGAAGAGAUCGUCGUGCUUUUGAUGCCCUUUUAAAAGAUAUGCAUGAGAAUCGUGUAAAGAUUGAUGAACGUAUUUUUAGUGUUGUUGUGACCGCUUUGGGUCAUUUUAAUGAUUUAGAUGCUGUUAAACGAUACUUUCAAAAAGCUCGUAUGAGUGAUACGGUACGAACUCCAUUAUUUUUUGCCACUGCAGCUGCUUCUUUUGCUCGAUUAGGUGAUGCUCAAGCUAUUGAUGAAUGUUGGAAAGAUCUUUUAGAAUCUAAAUUAACUAUUACUAUGCCAGUAUAUAAUAAAUUUCUUGAUCUUUAUAUGGCGAAUAAUAAUGUGGAUAUGGUACAACAAAUUCUUAAUACCAUGAUGAAACUAGUUCCACCUAAUCCAGUAACCGCCACGACGGUAGUUGAUAUGCUUGGUAAAAUGGGUAGACUUGGUGAGAUGGAAUCUGUUUUGGAAGAGAUGUCACGAUCUACAAAUGCCUUACCUACACAAGUAACAUAUCAUCAAGCAAUGAAUGCAUAUGCAAAGAAUGGGGAUUUAGUAAAGAUGGAAGCUAUGCGAAAUAAAAUGAAAGAAGAAGGAUUUCAUGAAAAUCAUGUAACGUUUAAUAUUCUUAUGGAAGGAUAUGGUCGUGCGAAACGGUAUGAACAUAUUAAGGAAUUAAUAGAAGAACGUAAAAGUAAACAAAUCGCUAUGGAAGAAUUUGGUUAUGUUGGACUUCUUAACAUCUUUGCACGUGCUCAUAUGGUGGAGGAAACGGCAAAACUUGUAGAAGAAAUGUUAACAAGUGGUGUUCCCUUCACCAGUCGAAUGUUGGCCACUGUUGCUACUUCCUUUAGUUACAUUGGGGAUUUACCAAAGAUGGAACAUUAUAUGGCUUUAUUAUUGGCUCAUCCAGAUUGUCGUCAGCGUGAUGUGGAGUCUGUUUAUCUCAUCUACGCUAGAAUGCGAGAUACGAUUAAACUACAGGAAUUGUUGGAUACGGAAAAACUUCCCAAAACUCAAUUUAUUUAUAAUGUCUGUGUUGGUGCAUUUGCCAGGGCGGGUGAACACACAAAAGUGGCUACAUUAUUAACACAAAUGGAAGAGAAGGGGUUUUCACUCUCACGUAAUACAAGUGUAACACUUAGUUCACUUUUGUUAAAAGCAGGGAAAUUGGAAUUGGCACAAACUGUAUUGAAAUGGAAGGGAUGUGAACCAAGUAAUAGUAAUAGUAAUCAUACUAAUACUAGUCAUCAUGAAGAGGAUAUGUUGGAGGAAGAAUUGGAUCACACUACUGCAGAUGAUGUCACUACUACUAAUACUACUAAUACUAUCCCUAGUUCAGAGAAAAACAAACAUGAAAGUUCUUCAGAAGCAGCAGCUGCUGGCAGUAAUACUGCAAUUUAA